GAAAAACUCAAAGUCGAAACAGGCCAAUGAUUGACACCGUUCAGCGUGUCCAUCCCUGAAUUCAGACUUCUCCACAAGCUGAUGCUAUAAACCCCGUUUUACUGUUUCAGAUAAUUUCCCAACCCUUGCUCAUAGAUCAGAGCCCACAAAUUUGGCCUUAGAAGUCCUUAUUGUUGUUUGAAAAUUGGAACUUUUCAUUCAGGACAAACUAACUACUCCACCUAUUGGUGGGCGAAAAGAUCAAGUUUACCCCAAACUGCCAUCUUGAAAUUCUUUUGCCACCGAAACUUGAAAGAGUCCAGAACCACAAAAUUUUCUGGUUUUCUUCCGAGCCACUGGCUCAAACUUGGCCUGCGGAUUUCUGGGUUUGUUAUCAAAUUGCAACUAGAAGCGGGCGUUCAGGCAGUUCUUCCAAGGGAGUCGAGAAAACCCAGCUAGGGUUUACUACUGAUUCGGGUUUCAUGAAUGUCCAAUGAUCAAGCUUCUGGUUUUCGUAUAUUGACAAAAUUCGAAUUCGGGUUUCCUUUUGAGCAUCCAAUGAUCAUCAAGGUUCAGAGUUGGGUAUAAUUGACAUCAGGGUUUCCGAGAAGGCCCAACAGUCGAAAUUCUGAUUAGGGUUUCCAUUUGGCUGUCUUGAAGAUAUGAAUUUCAGAAGCAUGGAAGAGUUCUGGUCGUUCUACAUGAGCCAGCACUCAAAACCAGCCACGAGGCGUUGGCAUUUUGUGGGCACGCUCAUUGGUAUUCUCUGCUUGAUAUAUUCUGUGUGCUUCAAUUGGUGGUUUCUGUUCUUUGUACCUUUGUUUGGGUAUGGUCUAGCCUGGUACAGCCACUUGUUCAUUGAAGGGAACUUCCCAGCCUCUUUUGGACAUCCCUUCUGGUCUCUUCUGUGUGAUUUCAAGAUGUUUGGAUUGAUGCUUACUGGUCAAAUGGAUAGAGAGAUUAAGAGGCUUGGAAAAAGGCCCGUCUUACAGGCCUUCUGAUACUUCUGUAAGAUUUUCUCUUUUGUUGCAGAUAGGUCUGUAAUAGAACAUAAUUGUCUUUUCCUUAAAUCAAACUUCACUCUUUAGUAUGGAUGCCUCAGUUCCUUUAUUUUCCA